ACGCAACGUGGGUUCAAAGCCAAGUAGAAAACAAAUAUUGAUGUCUCUUCUUCCUUGAAAGGUUAAUACUUAAUAACCAAACUUCUGCCCUCUCACCUCUCUAGCUAAAAUUUGCAUUCUUCUCUACAAAAAAAAAUGCCAAACCAAAUUCCACCGACACCACCGCCAUAUCACCACCUCUUCCUUCUUCUCAUCCUCCUCCUCCUCUCCUUCACCGCCACCAACGUCAUUGCCACCACUACACAGAAAUUCAAAGAAGCCCCACAAUUCUACAACUCUCCAAACUGUCCUUCCAUCCUUGAAUUAGACAACAUUAAUGGCGACUGCCACAUCACGUGCUCUCCCCAAGCUGUUCAUGUAGCUAUGACUCUAGACGCAGUCUAUCUCCGUGGCUCCAUGGCUGCAAUCUUCUCUGUUCUUCAACACUCUUCCUGCCCUCAAAAUAUUCUCUUUCACUUCAUCUCCUCCUCUGCCAGCAGAAAUCACCUUCAUGACACAAUUUCUCACUCAUUUCCUUACCUCAAAUUCCAAAUCUACCAUUUUGAUGGCACCGCUGUUGCAGGCCUUAUCUCCACUUCAAUCCGCUCAGCUCUUGACUGUCCACUCAACUAUGCCCGAAACUACUUGGCCAGUCUCCUCCCUCCAUGCCUCAAGAAAGUGGUGUACUUGGACUCGGAUUUAGUCCUGGUUGAUGAUAUUGCAAAACUGGCUGCUACACCGCUUGGUAACCAAGCCGUAUUAGCAGCACCCGAGCACUGCAAUGCUAACUUCACGUCAUACUUCACCCCGAGCUUUUGGUCAAACCCCACAUUGUCUUACACAUUCGCCGGAAGAAAUGCUUGUUACUUUAACACGGGUGUUAUGGUCAUUGACCUGGAAAGAUGGCGAGAAGGAGAAUACACAAGAAAACUGACAGAAUGGAUGGAGCUACAAAAGAGAAUGAGGAUCUAUGAGCUAGGUUCUUUGCCUCCGUUUCUAUUAGUGUUCGCUGGAAACAUAGCGCCUGUUGAUCACAGGUGGAACCAGCAUGGCUUAGGAGGAGACAAUUAUAUAGGCCUGUGUAGAGAUUUGCAUCCGGGUCCAGUCAGUUUGUUGCAUUGGAGUGGCAAAGGCAAGCCGUGGAUGAGACUCGAUGCCAACCGGCCUUGCCCGUUGGAUGCUUUGUGGACACCGUAUGAUCUCUUGCAAACACCCUUCUCUCUUGAGUCUUAGGAUUUGGUGCUAUAUUUGUAUGAUAAUAAAAAUGUUUUAUUCAGUCAUAUAAGAAAAAUCAAAGGUGAAGAGAUCUAUGAAGGUAGAAUUAGAAGAUCUCUAUUUUUGUGUACAAUACAAUGCUUAUGUUUUUGGUCUCAUAUGUACCUGAGAACAGUGAAAUAUAGUUACGGCUACUGAACAAAAAAACCAGGCCUCUUUA